AUGGACCCGGAGAAGGCUCCGACACCGGAAGUUGGCUCAGAGAAUGAUAGUUUCAAACCCGAAGGGACGCAUGUUGAGGAGUUGAGGCGAGAACAUACCCACGUCGACAUCGACCCGGCUGUACACAGAAAACUGAACCGGAAAUUCGACCUCCAUGUGAUUCCAUUUCUUUUCGGUAUAUGGCUACUUGCCUUCAUUGACAGAUCCAAUGUCGGCAAUGCGAAGAUCGACGGACUGACGCAGGACCUGGGGAUAGCAACGGGCACCAAAUUCAACAUUGCUCUGCUCGUCUUCUACAUCCCCUACAUCCUCGUCGACGUCCCCAGCAACUGGAUCAUCAAGCGCAUCCGGGCUGGCAUUUACUUGCCCGCCUUGAUCACGGCGUGGGGGCUCGUGAGCACCUUUCUCGGCUUCACCAAAUCUUUUGGGGGCUUAGUCGCCGCGCGUUUCUUUCUCGGAGCCUUCGAAGGCGGACUUCUAGGCGGCAUCAUUGUCUACCUGGCAAUGUUCUAUCGCCGGCACGAGAUGCUUUGGAGAAUGGGAAUGUUCUACUGCGCGGCUCCACUAUCUGGCGCAUUUGGUGGACUUCUAGCGACAGGCUUAGCAACUAUUCGGUACAAUGGAUAUAACCGGUGGCCGUGGAUCUUCUUCAUCGAGGGCAUCAUAACGACAGUCUUUGGGAUCAUCUGUUUCUUCUUCAUGCCACACACACCGGCUGACGCCAAGUUCCUCACCGAGGGGGAGCGGGCUAUCGCCAUGGCGCGCCUGAAAGAGGAUGCACACGGCGCUACAAGUGUUGCUGAUGUAAAUGAGGAGAGAUUCGACUGGCAUUGGGUCAGGAUGGCGUUCAAAGCUCCGCAGACUUGGUUCUCGUCAUUGAUCUGGUUCUUCCUCUUGAUACCGCUCUAUAGCUUCUCCCUGUUCUUACCCACCAUCAUCACCGGCCUGGGAUACACCAACCCCACGACCGCGCAGCUGUUUACCGUACCACCAAACCUGGCCGCAUUCGUGACAGUGCUGUUAACAUCACUGCUGUCAGACAGGAUCAGGGCUAGGGGGCCGAUUAUGGCUGCUGGAAAUGUGUUAGCAAUAGCAGGGUAUAUUAUGCUGCUGGUAGCCAAGCGUGCCCAGGUCCGGUACGGCGGGACAUUUCUCGUCGCAGUUGGGGUGUAUCCAUGCAGUGCAAUGAUAAUGGGCUGGCUGUCGAACAACCUCGCACCCCACUACGUCCGCGCAACAGGCGUAGGCUUCAUGAUAGCUCUCGCCAACUGCGCCGCGUUUCCGGCAACCUUCAUAUACCUUGCCAAGGAUGCUCCAAACUACACUCUUGGACAUUCGAUGGCUUACUGCCGCUGGGAGAAUGGCAAGAGGGAGGGUGGCGAUCGGGAUCAUAGGAUCAACGGUGGAGAGGAUCCUUAUUUGUUUGGGCACAGGCAUCCUGCCUUCAGAUAUACACUGUGA